AUGACUGAUCAGGCCAGCACUGCGUCGGGUCCAACCCGAAUCUCUAUUCUUGGAUCCGACUCUAUCAUUGUCGACCACGACAUCUGGCGAUCUUUCGUUUCUGAAGACCUUCUCGAGAACAUCAAAUCCUCUACCUAUAUUCUUAUUACCGAUACUAAUCUCCAUGAUCGCUAUGUUCCUCCUUUCGUGGACAUUUUCAAUAAAGCCGUCGAGGCUCGAGGCCUACAGUCUCGACUUCUUACCUAUACAAUUCCCCCGGGUGAAACUUCUAAAAGUCGUGAGACUAAAGCUGAAAUAGAGGAUUGGAUGCUCUCCGAACAAUGCACGAGGGAUACAGUCAUCAUUGCUCUGGGUGGUGGUGUUAUUGGUGACAUGAUCGGUUACGUUGCCGCCACUUUCAUGCGCGGCGUCCGCUUUGUUCAGGUUCCUACCACCCUACUUGCUAUGGUCGACUCGUCUAUUGGCGGCAAGACUGCCAUCGAUACCCCUAUGGGCAAAAACCUUAUUGGAUCGUUCUGGCAGCCCCGGCGCAUCUACAUUGAUCUCGCUUUCCUCGAAACCCUCCCAGUACGCGAGUUCAUUAAUGGCAUGGCCGAGGUGGUUAAGACAGCUGCUAUCUGGAAUGAGUCUGAGUUUACGGCCCUAGAAGAAAAUGCUGCUUUAAUCUUAAGCACUAUUCGAUCCAAGACUGCCAACCCUAGUGAUAGGUUACUUCCAAUUCGAGCCAUACUCAAGCGCAUCGUUCUCGCCUCUGCUCGCGUCAAGGCCGAAGUUGUCUCCAAAGAUGAAAAGGAGGGCGGCCUACGAAACCUCCUUAACUUCGGUCACUCCAUUGGUCAUGCGUACGAGGCAAUUCUCACACCUCAGGUCUUGCACGGUGAAGCUGUAGCUAUUGGAAUGGUUAAGGAGGCUGAACUAGCUCGUUACCUUGGCGUUUUACGGCCUGGAGCAGUAGCUCGGCUGGUUAAGUGUAUUGCAAGCUACGACUUACCGACCUCCCUCCAUGACAAGCGUAUUGUGAAGUUAACGGCCGGUAAGAAAUGCCCUGUUGACGUACUACUUGAGAAGAUGGCCGUAGAUAAGAAGAACGAAGGGAAGAAGAAGAAGAUUGUGCUUCUAUCUGCCGUAGGUCAAACACAUGAGCCUCGCGCUAGCGUAGUCGAUGAUAGUGCUAUUAGAGUUGUUCUCUCCCCUGCUAUUCGCGUCAAGCCGGGAGUACCUCAAGGACUCAAUGUGCAGGUAACCCCUCCUGGAUCCAAGAGCAUCUCUAACCGGGCUCUGGUACUUGCUGCACUUGGUCAAGGAACUUGCCGAGUCAAGAAUCUUCUCCACUCAGAUGAUACCGAGUACAUGUUGUCGGCAAUCGCCAAACUCAAUGGGGCCUCCUACUCGUGGGAGGACGCUGGCGAAGUCCUCGUGGUUACAGGACAAGGCGGACAACUACAAGCGAGUGACGAACCUCUCUACCUCGGGAAUGCGGGCACGGCUUCUCGUUUCUUAACAACAGUAGUCGCUUUGUGCUCGCCUUCAACCGCGACUUCGACUGUCCUAACCGGAAAUGCUAGGAUGAAGGUCAGACCCAUAGGCCCCCUCGUUGAUGCCCUACGAUCAAACGGUAUCAAUAUCAAAUACCUUGGACAGGAACACAGUCUCCCAGUACAAGUUGAUGCUGCUGGUGGGCUAGAUGGAGGUGUCAUUGAACUCGCUGCUACGAUUUCAUCCCAAUAUGUUUCGUCACUCCUAAUGUGCGCUCCGUAUGCCAAGAAGCCCGUGACUCUUCGCUUGGUGGGUGGCAAGCCAAUAUCACAACUCUAUAUCGAUAUGACUAUCGCCAUGAUGAAGUCGUUUGGUGUUACUGUUACAAAAUCGGCCGACGAACCACACACGUACCAUAUUCCUCAGGGUGUAUACAAAAACCCAGAUGAAUAUGUUGUAGAAAGCGACGCGAGCUCAGCAACGUACCCUCUCGCAGUUGCAGCCAUAACCGGGACUACCUGUACGAUCCCAAAUAUCGGCGCAAGUUCACUGCAGGGCGACGCCCGUUUCGCAACCGAUGUGCUACGUCCCAUGGGAUGCACUGUGGAACAGACUGCUACGUCAACGACAGUGACUGGGCCGAGCCCAGGCAGCUUGAAGGGUAUUGAAGUCGAUAUGGAGCCUAUGACUGAUGCUUUCUUGACUGCAUCCGUUCUUGCAGCGGUAGCAUCUGGUGAGACGCGGAUCACUGGAAUUGCCAACCAACGCGUCAAAGAGUGCAAUCGUAUCGCAGCAAUGAGGGAGCAGCUCGCGAAAUUUGGUGUACAUUGUAGUGAGCUUGAGGACGGUAUUGUCAUUGCCGGUAAGAAGUUGACGGAACUUUCAAAACCGAGCGAGGGUAUUUACUGUUAUGACGACCAUCGCGUGGCAAUGAGCUUCAGCGUCAUUUCCAUAAUAGCACCGGGGCCUGUCCUAAUCCUAGAACGCGAAUGCACCGGAAAGACGUGGCCCGGCUGGUGGGAUGUGUUAGCCCAGUCAUUCGGGGCUGGCCUGGAGGGCGAUGACGUUGUGCCUACAUCUCACAAGAAAGCAAAGCAAGCUGAGACUGGGUCUUCUAUCUUCAUUAUCGGUAUGCGAGGCGCCGGAAAGACUACGACAGGUCGCUGGGUCGCCAACAUACUCAAACGCCCUUUUAUUGAUCUUGAUCAUGAAUUGGAACGACGAGCUGGCAUGACAAUCCCUCAGAUUAUACAGGAAAGUGGUCGGGGCUGGGAAGGCUUCAGGAGUGACGAGCUCGAGCUUCUAAAGGAUGUCAUCAAGAACCAAGGCCGGGGCCACGUCUUUUCUUGUGGUGGUGGCAUAGUUGAGACUCCCGAGGCUCGGGAGUUACUCAUUUCUUACCAUCGCAAUGGCGGUGUAACACGUCCUGCUUACACCGAGGAGAUACGAGGCGUAUACGAGCGACGCAAGCCCUUCUUCCAAGAAUGCAGUAACUACGAAUACCACAGUCCUUACCUUGAUUCUCCCGGAGGUCUCCAAGACAUCCCUGCCGACUUUUCCCGAUUCGUAUUAGCAAUUACUGGGAGAGGUAAUCAUCUUGAGGAUGCCAAGAAGAAGCGACAGUCCUUUUUUGUGUCCCUAACUGUGCCCAGCGUAUCAUCAGCGCUGGAUGUGAUCCCGCGAGUUGUAGUUGGUGCGGACGCUGUGGAAUUACGAGUUGAUCUACUUGACGACAUCUCCCCGGAAUCAGUAGGAAAACAGAUCUCACUUCUACGCUCUACCGCAAAAAUACCGAUCAUAUUCACGGUCCGAUCUAACUCCCAAGGUGGUCGUUUUAGCUAUACAUCUGAAAAGGAGUUGCUUACCCUAUACCAAACGGCAGCACGUACAGGAGUGGAAUAUGUCGACCUCGAGAUGACGCUUUCGGAUGAAACUCUAGAUACAAUUAUCCAGUCUCUAGGUAAAUCUACACGGAUUAUCGCGUCACACCAUGACCCAGAGGGUAAGUUGUCCUGGAGGAAUGGCGGUUGGCAAACGUGGUACAACCGAGCUUUACAAUACGGUGACAUCAUCAAGCUCGUAGGUGUCGCGAACAAAUUAGAAGACAAUUACUCGUUGGCUACCUUUAAGGACAGGAUGUUUGCUGCACACGGGAAGCCGAUCAUAGCUCUCAACAUGGGCACCGUUGGGAAGCUCUCCCGGAUAUUGAAUGGCUUCUUAACGCCUGUCUCACAUCCUGACCUACCAUUCAAAGCAGCUCCUGGCCAAUUAUCAGCCGCUGAGAUCCGCAGCGGCCUAGCUCUAAUCGGGGAAAUUGAGCCUAAGCGGUUCUACCUUAUUGGAAACCCGAUUUCUGCGUCGCGGUCACCGGCUCUGCACAACAGCCUAUUCCGCCAAUCUGGGUUGCCUCAUAAGUACUCUCUAUUCGAAACUUCUUCUGCCACAGACGUGAUAAAAACAAUCAAAUCACCUGAUUUUGGGGGAGCGUCAGUCACGAUUCCAUUAAAGCUUGACAUCAUGCCGCUACUUGAUGAGAUCUCGGAGUCGGCCACUGCCAUUGGUGCUGUGAAUACAGUAAUACCUAUACCUUCGCAGGAUGGAUCGGAACCGCGCUUGCUCGGUGAUAACACAGACUGGCGUGGCAUGGUCUAUUCACUGCGGUCGGCUGGAUUGGUGACAGCAACGGAAUCAACGGAAGGCGGUGCAAUGGUGGUAGGCUCUGGUGGUACUAGCCGAGCAGCUAUAUACGCCCUGCACUCCCUCGGAUACAGCCCUAUCUACGUCGUCGCACGAAACCCUAAUGCUGCAGACUAUCUUCGUUCGUCUUCGUCAUUCCGUGACAACAUCAAGAUCGAGCAGGUAGCCGAAGCUAGCCAGGUACACAAGCUACCAAACGUCAUCAUUAGCACAGUGCCCGCAGACAAGCCUAUCGAUAAUUCGAUGUGGGAACUAUUGACAACCCUGUUGCAACAGACUAAGAAUAUCGAAGGCCCACGAGUUUUAUUAGAGAUGGCUUACAAGCCUCGCCGUACGCCAUUGAUGGAGUUGGCUGAGAACUCGGGAUGGGCUACUAUUCCUGGUCUGGAGGUGCUCGCCUCCCAAGGCUAUUACCAGUUCCAACUCUGGACAGGUAUUGUACCCCUGUUCUCCGAUGUACGCACGGCUGUACUGGGCGAUGGUGAAAAUCAGCCCGCCGCUUCCAGCUGA